AUGGACGAUAUAUCUUGUCCCAAGUGCCCGUUCUUGGUAGACAAGUGGUGUGCUUGCGGCAAGGAGAAGCUGCACAGCCAGCCUUGUCACCUUCAAGCGGCGCACUGCGGUCGACCUUGCGGGAAGAGCUUGAAGUGCGGAUUGCACAAGUGCCGGAAACUAUGCCAUAGGCCGGGAGAGUGCGAGGAUUCUGCUAGUUUCAGUCGGACCUGCGGCCAAGUCUGCGGCAAGACCAAGCUAUUCUGUGACCAUACUUGCCAGAAUCCAUGCCAUGGUCAGACUCCCUGCAACGAAUCAGCCCCUUGUACGGCUAAGACGACUAUCGCCUGUCCCUGCGGCCUGCGUAAACAGGAUGUCAAGUGUCUCGCCAGCAGCUCCAACCCUACGCCAUCCCGCCCCGAGCUUAAAUGUGACGACGAGUGUCUUCGUUUAGAGCGAAACAGGCGUCUUGCAGCGGCUCUCAACAUUGAUCCCGCUUCUCACGCCAACGAUCACGUUCCCUACUCUGACACUACCCUUCGUCUUUUCAAGGAGAACCUUGCUUGGGCAGAGACCCAGGAGCGCGAGUUCCGGGUCUUUUCCAAGAGUCCCAGCGAGCAACGACUGAGAUACAAGCCUAUGCCCAACCAUCAGCGACAGUUUCUGCAUGUGCUGGCCCAAGACUACGGGCUGGAGAGCAAAAGCGAGGAUCUCGAGCCGUAUCGCUACGUUGUCGUCUGGAAAGGAGCCAAGUUUGUCUCCGCGCCGAGCAAGACCCUGGCGCAGUGCGUCAAAAUUAGAGACUCACAAGCAGCAGAAGCAGCUGCCGCUGCCGCAGCUAACUCGAGGGCUCCGACUCCUCCCCCCCUUGCUAUAGUUGAUCCGUUCAACGCAUUCCUCCUCACUUCUCCUCGGUUUGGCCUCACCAUGGAAGAUGUCGACGCCGCUAUUCGCGCCGACCUCGCAAGCCAGACGGCCUUUCACUUCAAGACGGCAUUCUUGCCUUCAGAUGAGAUUCUCAUUCGCGCUACGGCGCACUACUCGUCGUUCCUCACGCCUGCCGCCGUCGAACAGGCUUUGCAGAACAUGAAGCCUCGCCUCGAGAGCACGAUCAAGCGCCUUGACGUUGCGGGCAACAUCCUGCUCUGCCACGUCGACGACAACGAGAACAUUUCGCGUAGAGAGGACAUUAGCAAGAACGAUUCCUCGGGCUGGAGCGCCGUCGCGGGACGGGCCGCGGCGAAGAAGGACGAGGCCAAGGUGGAAACACCGGCAGCCUCGGGCGGCGGAUCUGGAAAACGACUGCUGCUUGGGUUGAAGAAGAAGAAGGCUGUGACGCCGAGCACGUCUUGGACGGCACAGCUUGAUGGGGAUGUUGAGUGUUGA